CGAGCCCGCGCAGCCCCGGCCCCGCCGCUGGUCCCGCCCGGAGCCGCCGCCGAGCCCGAACCGCCGCCCCCACCCGGAGCCCCUCCCGCCGCCCCUUCCGCAGCCUCUCCGCGGCGGAGCGUUCGGCGCCAUGCCUAAGAAUAAAGGCAAAGGAGGUAAAAACAGGCGACGAGGUAAGAAUGAGAAUGAAUCAGAAAAAAGAGAACUGGUCUUCAAAGAAGAUGGGCAAGAAUAUGCCCAGGUGAUCAAGAUGUUAGGCAAUGGAAGACUGGAGGCAUUAUGUUUUGAUGGUGUGAAGAGGUUAUGUCACAUUAGAGGGAAGCUAAGAAAAAAGGUCUGGAUAAAUACAUCUGAUAUUAUAUUGAUUGGCUUAAGAGACUACCAGGAUAACAAGGCUGAUGUUAUUCUAAAAUACAAUGCAGAUGAAGCCAGAAGCCUGAAAGCAUAUGGGGAGCUUCCAGAACAUGCUAAAAUCAAUGAAACAGACACAUUUGGUCCUGGAGAUGAUGAUGAAAUCCAGUUUGAUGAUAUUGGAGAUGAUGAUGAAGAUAUUGAUGAUAUCUAAUUUGGAGCAGAGGUUUACAUUCCAACUUUUUUCCUCCAAGGAUUGUUCUACAUUGAUACUUCAAUUAUUUCUUGGGUGACGUCCCUUACUUUUAAGAAGACUGAAAAUUCUCAGUAAAGAGUGUAGUUUGUUACAUCAAAAGGAUUUAUUUUCAAUGUUUGUUUUAAAGUAUUUAUAUUUCUUUAGAAAUGGAUAACGCUGGAUUAUCACAAAGGUUCAAUGACAUGCCACAAAUAUUUUGUCUCUUCACCAAUUAGAGCUUUUAUCUCUGGAUGUAAGUGAGAUACAGUGACAUGGGCUGUAAAAGACUGCAUUCUUCCCUCUUCUGCUUUCAUCACUACAAUUCCAGUUAAACUUGUAUUUUGAAAUAAAAAUUGUUUACCCUGUAAUUAUCAUGGAUUUUGAUUAAAGGCAAAUAACCCAGUUCAGAUUAGUAUCAAAUCAUACUAUGCAGUGUCUGUCCUUAUACCCUUGCCUUGAUGUUAACUUUAAAAAAGAUUUUGAUAAUAUAAGAGGAAGGCAGAAAUCUGCAUUUAAACUCACAAUGCAUGAUGAAUCUGCUUUUCAUGUCUAGUAGCAUGCUGCUAUUUUUAUACUGAUUUUGAUAAUUAAAAACACUCAUUAUUUCAAAGAUGUCAAUUUUCCAUGGUGGAGGGAGGGAUGGGAGAGGAGUAAGGAUGAACAGUGAGCAGCAUCUCAAAUUUGCAAUUUUUUGGAAACUGCAGUGGCCGAGCUGCAGCUGCAGGCAAUGAACAUUGGGUGGCACCCGACUGAAUAGGGAGACACAAAUGCAAAGCCUUCACAGUGGGGUUUGUACUGAAAAAUGCAUAAAAUAGGUUUUCCCCAAAGUAAAUGCUUAACAUUCUUGAUAUGUUAAACAUGUAGAAUAUUUUUACAUUAUAUAAAAGGUUAUGUUAAGAGUAGAGUUUUAUUUUAAUCUGAAAUUCCAUACAUUGUAAGGUGCAACAUAAAAGCUUAUGUGAACUUUGAGUAACAAUAUAAAUAAGAAAAUAAGUUUGUGUCAAAAGUAGAAAGAAUCUUCUCAUCCAGAAUAAAUCAAUGAAAAAGACUACUGGAAAGAUUCUUGUCCACCUUCAGACUGGAGGAGUCAGUUGAGAAACUGAAUAAAGACUAACAUCAUCAUGCAAAUAUUAUUUUGUGGUAGCCUUAGUGUCUUUGUCUUUAAUAAUAAUGUAUUUAACAACUCUGAAACAGGUUAAUGAAAAAAUUCCUUUUGUGCCAUAAAGAUCUGAUUCUUGACACUUGUAUUCCUUAUACAGUCUUUUUGGUAUGAUGUAAAGUGACUACCCCAAUAGAUAAAAACAAAAUGGCUUUAAGUACA